AUGCCCGACUUCCUCCGUGUGGCCGGCGGUGUCGUUGCAAAAGACCGCAUCGCCGAAUCAGAAGCCGCCCAAUUCGAGGCUCUCAAGAAGGGUGUCCUGGCCGAACAAGCCCGGAAAGAACAAGAGGACAGGCAGAGGCGGAUAAGCCAGGGUCUCGCUGCCGAGUUGACGGCCGAGGAGAAGAGAGAACGGAAGAGGCAGGAGAGCAUCCGAAGGGAGGAGGGAAAGCAGAGGAGGCGAGGAAUGCUGGGCAAGGGGCAAGGGAAAGCAAGUAACAGGCAAAGUCGCGAAGGUAAAGGGAAAGGAACCGGAGUUUUGGGCAUGUUGUGCUUUGGUGCUCGAUGA